CCUACAUCCACUUCUCAGCUUCCACCUCAACUCAUCACCAUGACCGUCAACCACACCACCGAAGACCCCCUCCCCGUGACCGAAUUCCUCAGCAAGUGGAUCGCAUCUCUUGACCUCGACUCGAUCCCACUGUUCGUCCGCGAACGCGCCAAACACCUCAUCCUCGAUGGUAUCGGCUGCGGGUUAGUCGGCGCGCGCGCCCCUUGGUCCCGCACCGCCACGCAAAGCAUCCAUGAAUACGAGCCCAGCGGAUACUGUCGCAUCAUCGGGGAGAAGCAGAAACACGGCCCGUUGGCCGCCGCCCUCGCCAACGGUGCCUUCAUCCAAGCCAUGGAACUCGACGACUACCACAGCCAAGCCCCGCUGCACUCCGCCAGCAUCGUGCUUCCGGCGUUAUUCGCCGCCGUGGAAGCCCAGAAACAUCGCAGUGGAUAUGACCCUGUCGCUGUAUCAGGGGCGACGUUCCUCCUCGCUGCGAUCGCAGGGUUUGAGACGGGUCCGCGUGUCGGGAAGGCCAUGUACGGGUCUGAUUUGCUGUCCCGGGGCUGGCACUCCGGCCCGGUGUUUGGCUCGCCGGCGAGUGCAGCGGCCACGGGGAAACUCUUUGGUCUGGAUGCGACGGGGAUUGAGUCCGCGAUGGGGAUUGCGUGUACGCAAGCCGGGGGGUUAAUGUCGGCGCAGUAUGAAGGGAUGGUGAAGCGGAUGCAGCAUGCGUUUGCGGCGCGGAAUGGAUUGCAGGCGGGGUUGUUGGCCCGGUCGGGGUAUCUGGGAAUGAAGAAGGUGUUGGAGCGGCCGUAUGGUGGAUUCUUGGCCAUGUUUAGUGCCGGGAAUGAGCGGACGCCCGGCUACCAGGUGGAGGAGGUGGUAAAGGGGUUGGGGAAGGAGUGGGAGACGGAGGUGAUUCGGUUCAAAUUAUAUGCGUGCGUCGGGGGCUGUCAUGGGCAGAUUGAGGUGUUGCAGCGGAUGCAGGAGCAGUAUCCGGAGCGGUUUGCGAGGGAGAAGUUAGGGGAGGUGGAAUCGAUUACGGUGUAUUUGUCGGCGCCGAUUUAUGCGCAUGAUGGGUGGCCGCCACAGCGGCCGAUUACGGCCACCGGGGCGCAGAUGAGUGCGGCGUAUAUUGGGGCGGUGCAGUUGGUGGAUCGGCAGGUAUUGCCGGCGCAGUUCGAGGAGGGAGCGUUAGAUCGGGAGGAGGUGUGGGCGUUGGCGCGGAAGACGACGUGUCUGCAUAGUGCGGAGUUUGAUCAGCCGGAUCAUAUUUGUGGGGCGCGGGUGGUGGUGCGGUUUGCCGAUGGGUGGGAGGUGGAGGAGGCGACGCCGUUUCCGAAGGGGUAUGAUCCGCCGUUGGACAAUGCGGAUAUUCGGGACAAGUUUCGGCGGUUGGCGGGGUCGGUGGUGGAUGUGAAGACGGUGGCGGCGAUUGAGCAGAAGGUGUUGCAGUUGGAGGGGGUGGAGGAUGUGGAGGAGUUGUUGAGCUUGCUAGGGGGUGCUUAGGCAACAUGGUUCAGAGUGAGUUUAUCGGGGAGCUGAUCAGGAGAGAUGCAUGGUAAUUCUGGAAAUCUCUUGUUUGCCUGCCAGUAGCCAAGUUGGAGACUACUAUUUACUCUGUUCCUG